CUCCCCCGGCCCCGCCCGCCGGCCCCCGGAAGCCUCUCCCCGCCCCCGGCCCCGGCCCCCCGAAGUUUCUUGGGCCCCGGGCAGCUGGCGGGACAGAGCGCAGGGAGCCGCCGCCCGGCCGGGCGUGGAUGGAGGUGGCGGAGCCCGCGCCGCGCGGGGAGUGAGCGGCGGUACCUCAGCGGACCCGCCAUGGAGGAGGAGGGUGUGAAGGAGGGGGGCGAGAGACCACGGGCAACACGGGUAGCAGACAAAGCUGGCUGGAUCAAGAAGAGCAGUGGGGGCUUCCUUGGUCUCUGGAAAGACCGCUACCUGCUCCUCUGCCAGGCCCAGCUGCUGGUCUACGAGAAUGAGGAUGAGCAGAAGUGUGUGGAGACAGUGGAACUGGGCAGCUAUGAGAAGUGCCAAGACCUUCGUGCUCUCCUCAAGCGGAAACACCGUUUUAUCCUGCUGCGAUCCCCAGGGAACAAGGUCAGUGACAUCAAAUUUCAGGCACCCAGUGGGGAGGAGAAGGACUCCUGGAUCAAAGCCCUCAACGAAGGGAUCAACCGAGGGAAGAACAAGGCCUUUGACGAGGUAAAGGUGGACAAGAGCUGUGCUCUGGAGCAUGUGACACGGGACCGGGUUCGGGGGGGCCAGCGGCGCCGACCGCCUACAAGGGUCCACCUGAAGGAGGUGGCCAACGCAGCUUCUGAUGGGAUUUUACGCCUGGACCUCGAUGUUCCAGACAGCGGGCCGCCGGUGUUUGCCCCCAGCAGUGAUGUCAGUGCAGCCCAGCCCCAGGAGAUGCUCCGACCCCCCAUGCCUCCCAUCAAGCCUUCCCCAGCGCCCAAGACAACCAGCCUUGGUGACAGGGAGGAGACACCUGCAGGGGAGAAAGCUCCAACCCCUGUCUCAGCAAACACUGAGGCCCGCACUGAGGCCCACCCCGAGAGCCAGGAGGACUCAGAGACUCUAAUAGGGGAGGACAGUGACCCCAACAAGGUCCUGAAUGACAGACUGAAGGUGAGCUGGGAGAACCCCAUCCCCGAGGGGCCUCCUGCCCCUGAGGGUAUAGAAGCAUCCCAGUUGCCCUGUUCUGAGACUUCUGAGGCUGCCCCCAAGGAGGGUGGGAAGCCCCCUACACCCCCACCCAAGAUCUUAUCAGAGAAACUGAAAGCCUCCAUGAGUGGGAUGGAGUCUUCUGGGACAGCUCAGAGUCCAGUGGCCCCAGAGGCCUCUACCCCAGGCCCAGCCCAGGUCUCAGUGAAUGGCGUGAAUGACAGCCCUGAGCCUGCGGAGCCCUCCCAGGCCACAGCCACUCCAGGAAUUCCCCAGAAGGAUGCAGUCACAUCCACAGCAAUGCCUCAGUUCCAUCCCCGCUGCUCCUCUCUUGGGGACCUGCUUGGGGAGCGCCCCCAGCAUCCCCGACAGCCCAGGGAACGUCUAUAUCGGGCCCAGCUGGAGGUGAAGGUGGCCUCGGAACAGACAGAGCAACUGUUGAACAAGGUGCUGAGCAGUGAGCCGGCCCCUGUGAACGCUGAGACGUUGCUCAGCCAGGCUGUGGAGCAGCUGAGGCAGGCCACCCAGGUCCUGCAGGAUAUCAGAGAUUUGGGGGGACUGGGCCAGGAAGCACCAGGGCUGAAGGAGAGACGGAAGGAGCUGGCAACUCUCUACAGGAGAAGUGCACCCUAGAGCCUGCCAGGCCAGAGGCACGGUCCCUCCUGGCUGACCCAACGCAUCAAAGCCCAGUUCUGCCAAGAAGUGUGCUUCUGCUCGGGUUGUAGAAGAGCCAUUGGGCAUGUUGGGAUUUGGUCAGGAACUGCCGUUGGCCAGGCCUUUGGGCUCUGAGCUUGGGCUGGAAGCACACACCCAGAACCUAUGUGCUUGCGUGGUUCUCACUGCCCCAGGGCUUUGGUGUAGCACUUGGGGUUUCUGGGGGUGGCAUCAUCUCUGCUCUUUGCCCCCAGUAGUUUACAUUCCUGACUUCUCAAUAGAGCACAGCUGAGCCCCCCUGCAGCCCCUGUCUCCAGAUAUUCCCAGGCAGAAAGCUCUCAAGGCAGAGGCAUCCUCAAAGCCAGUCCCCCUUCCCCACCCUCCUCUUCUACCUGGGAGCUACAGAGGCCCUGGGUCCAGGCUAUAGGUGAGACCUAGAACCCAGCUGGGGCCUCUCAAGGCAGGUGGGAGGCAUCUGUUUGCUGAAGUGGCCCUUCUCUGGGCCUGUUUCCUUUUCUGCAAAAUGAGGAAGUUUUCUGUAGUCCCUUCCCAUCUGGUGAGCUGUGAUUAGAGGGCUUAGAUAUGGAGAAUUCCAAAGUGAAGGAGGAACUUGGUCUAGUCCUUCCCCCUGGAUUAGCUUGUGUCCAGCCUUUUACAUUCCUGAAGAGGUGAACCCCAAAUGGCCCCAACAUCAACUUCAAAGAAACCUAUAUGCAAUUGUCAAAAACCAAACCUCAGAAGAGAAGUCCCCAACUUCUCUGCCUCCCUGGAUGGGUUUUAUGUCUGGGUCUCUCUGGUUCCUCUUCAACCCAAACAGGUCCAAUAUCCCAGUCAUUUCUUCAAAUGUUGAUGAGGGUGCAUUGGGGCCUGAAACCACUUCUCACCCCCCUCCUUCCCCCACCCCUCUGGCUCAGGUCCCAGAUGG